AUGGCAGAAAAGUGCGUCCACCAGGGCUGCGGCAAGCUCUACACCGAUGCAGAGGAGCUAUGUGUCUACCACCCUGGUCCUCCCAUCUUCCACGAAGGCCAAAAAGGUUGGAAGUGCUGCAAGCCCCGCGUCCUCACCUUUGAGGAGUUUAUGACCAUCCCCCCCUGCACAACCGGCAAACACUCCACAACCGACCUACCUCCCAAGAUCGAGCAAAAGCCCCAGGCGGACCCUGACGCAGCGCCUUCCCUCGCCGAUAAGCUCGCCGCCUCGGCACCUGAACCGGGCCGCAAGCCACUCUCUCAAGCUACCCAGGCCGCACCCUCACCUCCUCCUCCACCCCCGGAAUCCGAGUCCGAUGACGCCUCACUCGAGAUCCCUGAUGGCACCACCUGCCGCCGCAAGGCCUGCUCAGUCACCUACCGUAAGGGCACCUCCCGCGACGGCGAGUCCUGCGUCCACCAUCCCGGCGUGCCCAUCUUCCACGAAGGAUCCAAGGGCUACAGCUGCUGCAAGCGCCGCGUGCUGGAGUUCGACCAGUUCAUGAAGAUCGAGGGCUGCAAGACUAAGGACCGUCACCUCUUCAUCGGCAGCGGCAAGAAGAAGAAUGCGGCCGCGGCCGGCGGCGAGGAGAAGCUCGACACCGUCCGCACCGACUUUUACCAGACGCCCUCCACCGUCAUCGCCUCCUUCUUCCUCAAGAAGAUUGUCAAGGACUCGGCCAAGAUCGAGUUCAAACCGCAGUCCAUCGCGCUCGACCUGCCCACGUCGGACUCGCCGCCCAAGCGCUACACCACCGAGGUGCCCCUUUUCGCGCCCAUCGACGUUGGAAAAUCCACCUUCAAGGUCCUCGGCACUAAACUUGAGGUGAACCUCGCCAAGGCCGGCGGUGAGUCGUGGCCAGUCCUGCGCAGCGACGACCGUCUCACUGGUGAGAUAUUACAAAUCGGCAAGGCUGGGCGUUUGCAGUAG